UCGUUUUUCAAUGAUGGCGGUUUCGUUCUUCAGUCGUUUUCUCAUUGAGCAUCUGUACUGUUAUUCCUUUUGAACUGCGUUGAAGUUGGUUCUUUAUUAUAUGGUUGAAUUUUGUCAGCCUGAAACUAUGGAUGGUCUUUUGGAUAGCCUGUCGGCAGGCUUAAGAGUCACUCAAGACGAAAAUAGCACUUUGGUUCCUCAUCCAAGGUUUGCGUCUUAUAAGUUUAAAUACAGCGCAUCAUCGCAAGAAGCGCGGAGGCUGAAGUUUUUCGAGGAUCAGAAAAAGAAACGGUCCGACCUCUUCGAGCAUGCACGCCGCCUUGCUCUUGGUUCUGACGAUGCCUCGAAGAACGGUGAUGAGCAAAUGGACUGUUCCGUAUCGCGGCCUCGGAACAGCGCACCAAGGAUUUACAAAAACAGGUUGAUGCUGUCGGAAUGGCUUGUGGAUGUGCCAGAAGACUUCGCUGAAAAUUGGCUUGUGGUUCCCUGCCCAGUUGCCAAGCGCUGUCUUGUUGUGUCAUCGAAGGGCUCGACAAGAUGCUACGCAAGAAACGGCUAUCGUAUCGCUAUCUUUUCAUCCUUACUGCCAGGCGGAAGCAAAUCUUCGGAUGGAAAGCCCUCAGAUUUCUGCCUGCUGGAUUGUGUGUUCUCGGAAGUGCAUCGGACGUACUACAUUCUGGACCUCUUGUGCUGGAAGUCCCACCCUGUCUGCGACAGUGAGGCAGAGUUUCGGUUCUACUGGCUUGAUGAGAAAUUAAAUGAGGUGCCUCAGAUCAAGGAGACAAGUGAUGACAACAGGCGCUGUCGGUUUGUGACAUUGCCACGGUCUCCUUGCACCACGGAAGCCAUUUCUGCUCUUAUGAACUCGCCUCUUCCCUUUGAAGAUGAGUUGGAUGGACUGUUGUUUUAUCACAAGAAAGCCCAUUACUUUGAGGGUGUCUCACCCCUGGUUGGCUGGCUCAAGCCAUACAUGGUACCUGAAAUCCUCGGAGCCCCCGUGGACCCACGCUAUCUUGAGAAACAGCCGCAGAAUCACCAAGUUGGCCUCAAGGGGAAACUAGAAGCCAAGAAGUCUCGAACCAGAGAUAAGAUCAAGAUGGCACAGUCAAGCACUGAAGACUGUGAUACCGAACCAACCACUGUGAUGGAAACAUGAUAUUUUCUUGUUUUGAA